GCGUGGAGCUGAAAGAGGCCCCUUGCGCGCCUGCGCUGAGCGCCGGGACAGGGCGUGUUCCUUGUUCGGGUGCCGGUUUUGCACUGAUCGGGAGUGCAUCUCUUGCCACCCGAGCGCGUCCUACGGACGUUUCGCGUCCACUCUGUUAGGUGCUGCCCUCCGCGUGCAGAACAUGUCCAAGUCUCUGAAAAAGUUGGUGGAGGAGAGCCGGGAGAAGAACCAGCCGGAAGUGGACAUGAGUGACCGGGGCAUCUCUAACAUGCUGGAUAUCAACGGCUUGUUCUCCUUAGCCCACAUCACGCAACUGGUCCUCAGCCACAAUAAACUCACAACUGUGCCACCAAACAUAGCAGAACUGAAGAACUUGGAAGUGCUUAACUUUUUUAAUAACCAGAUUGAGGAGCUGCCCACACAGAUCAGCAGCCUUCAGAAACUCAAACACCUGAACCUUGGGAUGAACAGGCUCAACACUCUGCCUCGAGGAUUUGGAUCUCUUCCAGCUCUUGAGGUCCUGGACUUGACUUACAACAACUUGAAUGAAAAUUCUCUUCCUGGAAAUUUCUUCUACCUUACCACCCUGCGUGCACUCUAUCUAAGUGACAACGAUUUUGAAAUCCUGCCGCCAGAUAUUGGGAAGCUCACAAAGUUGCAGAUACUCAGCCUUAGGGAUAACGACCUGAUCUCACUGCCUAAGGAAAUUGGGGAGCUAACGCAGCUUAAGGAACUCCACAUUCAAGGGAAUCGCUUGACCGUUCUGCCCCCAGAACUAGGAAACUUGGAUUUAACUGGUCAGAAGCAAGUAUUCAAAGCAGAGAACAAUCCCUGGGUUACCCCAAUUGCUGACCAGUUCCAGCUUGGUGUGUCCCAUGUGUUCGAGUAUAUUCGUUCUGAGACAUACAAGUACCUCUACGGCAGACACAUGCAGGCAAACCCAGAACCCCCGAAGAAGAAUAAUGACAAAUCAAAAAAGAUCAGCCGGAAACCCCUGGCAGCCAAGAACAAAUGAGGAGUUGGCACAAACUGGGCUGCUGGUCUCUUCUCUAACUCUUCUGUCUCUCUUGCUCUGUCUCACCAAAAAAUAUAAUGCGUGUGUGGCUUUUUAAAAAAACUUUUCACUCUCUGUUGCUAGGGCUUACCACCUUACCUUUUACGUUCUUUUGGUAGGUGGUAGAUUUUUAUAAGGUCUUAAACCGAUUUCCAUUUGUUUCCUUAGAAAUGCCAAACACAGGAAGCAAAGCUUUAAUUCAACUGCAAAUUCCAUAGUAGGCACAGACUUAAGGUCCUUGAAUAGACAUCUUAAGGUGGCUUAUUAUUAAAAGAAUAAUUAAAAUCAUGUAACCAUUUAAAUGUCACAGUUAACACUUUUCAUUCUUUCCGUUUUUUCACCUAACUCAUUAUUUUGUCUUAUUGAAAGUCUUCCUUCACCACCAAGCUAUUACAUUCAUUUAACUUACAAAUGAUUUUCAUAAAAAUCUCUUAAUUUGUAUUACAUGUUGUUUCUUGACUAGAAUAAAGAACAGUUUGACCUUAGGAUAUACACUUUUUUGUUUACCUUUCUCCCCCCCCACCAAAUUUUCUUGUCCAAUUUGAUUGGUUGUAGAUGAUCAACUCUGAACUUUCCAUGAAAGAAAUGCAAAAUUAAAUCAGAGUUUCUUCUCCUA